AUGACUCCCCGGGAGCACAUGAGGAAGAUGUCCAUCCUGGGGGAGCAGGGAUCACUGGAGGAAAAGCACCUGUACCGGCUGGCUGGCAGCAUGGCAGCAGGAGAGCUGCGGCAGCGGCAGGAGAUGCUGAUGAGGGACCAGCUGAUGGCAGUAAACCCGCAGCUGAUGGGGCCGGGCCAGCAGAGGAUGCAGGCGAUCCCCGCCCAGUUUGAGCCGCGACUGGUGGACAGAGAUCUGCUUCCUUCAACUGAAAUGAUGGCCUCAGCUGACCCCAGACAAAUCCACAUGGCAUCCCACCUGGCACCCACGGUCCCACAGCAUCCCAACAUGCCAAACCUGUUGUCCAACCGUGUCUACCCAGGCCCAGGAUACAGUUUUUUGCAACCAGAAUCCAUGGAAGCUGUGGCCAGAAGACAAGAACUGGUUCAAAAGCAAAAUAUUGCCAGAAUGGAAAUGGAGAUGAGUGCUAUUUUUCAGCAAAAGGAAAUGGAGAAAGCCCAUCGGAAAGGACUCCUGGGCCUGGAAGCCCCUUUCCUUUACCACGGGAUGCCAGCGAGUCCCAUUGCUUUCCGUGGCAGGCACAGACUCCCUGAAGGGCACCUUGCCAACGACCUGUAUGUCCAUCGUACCACCCUGGAUGAGAUCCAUGGCAACACCGUGCUCAUGGCAAGCAGCCCAUACCCACCAGUCAGCACCCUGCAAAGGGAGAGGGGGCGCCGCCCAGGGAGAAGAGCUGGAAAUCACAAAACUGCCGAGGGCAGCGCCAACGGCACGAAGAGCCAGGCAGAUGACAAAUCCACCGACUCUGCCUCAGCUGCAGUGGAUGAUGAGAAAGAAGACAAGAAGGAAGUAGAGGUGGAGACGCCAAACAAACACGAGCAGAGCAAAAACCGGACUGAGCCAGCAGUAGUUGCCAAGAACUGCAAAGAGUUUGAACAAGGCUUGAGAAAAAACUGUGCUACUCAUGAAAUUCCUACUGAAACCACCAGCUGCAGCAACACAAAUGGGAAGGAAGCCAACAGUUCCUGUGCUGCUUUUGAUGACAAGUACCUGUACCCUUCUGCAAUCCCAUUCUCAGCGUUACCAUAUGGAUUUCCAGUGCCCAACAACCCAUUGCUACCUUCAGGAGCUCAUGGCCUGAUCCUGAAUGGAGAAGACAUUUCUUCUGUUGAAGACAUUCGCAAGUGGACAGUUGAUGAUGUGCACAACUUCAUUGUCAACCUCCCAGGCUGCUCAGAUUAUGCCCAGAUAUUUAAAGACCAUGCUAUUGAUGGAGAAACCCUUCCACUGCUAACAGAGGAGCAUCUCCUGGAUACAAUGGGAUUAAAACUUGGACCAGCAUUAAAAAUUCGCUCUCAGGUGUCCCGACGUCUGGGCAAUGUGUUCUACAUGAUGAAUGUCCCUCUGCCCGUGCCCCUGCCUCCUGCUCCAGGGAAACCCUCAGAGCAGCCCUCUGACAUGGCCUCCCCUCUGCACUGCAACAGCAGCGGUGACACCCUGGACAGUCCCUGCUCCCAGGACCCAGAAACCUCCCAGGCAGUGGAACAGAUGGUUUCAGAAAGCAGGGAAAAUCCAUGUGACACAGCUGGAUCCCAGGCCGACUUCCAGAUGAUUGCUUUCCAGAAAAGUUGA